AUGGCUCCCAAGCUUCGAGCAAAUGUUUUAGUGAGAUCAACUGAGAAAAUUGUUCGGGAAACUGUUCAAGUAGCUGUAGUUCAGAAACCAGAGGGAGAUAGUGGUGAUCAGGAACAGUUGGAGACGAUUCCUGUUGAAGACACAGCAGAGGAAGGAGAAAGGAUAAUCACUGAAAUUUCAGUAGAAGGGUUAAGCAAAGAUAAAGCACAAAAAGAUCCUCAGACAGCUCAGGUUCCAGGGGAAGCUCCAGAAGACACAGCAAAUACCUUCGAAAGAACCAAGCAUUUAGGCCUCCAAAGUUUUGAAGAAGAAUCAAGCAAAGAGGCACCUAAGGCUUUGGAAGAGGAACGCAGCAAUGAGUGCCCCAAGGCUUCGGAAAAAGAACCAAGCAAUGAGACCUCCAAAGCUUUGGAACUAGAAGAGCCACCACUAAAGAAAGAAGAUGAAAGGAAGGCAAAGACCCGAGAAGGCAAAGAGAACAAUGAAAAUGGCAAGAGAAAGAGAGGGAAGAGAAAAGAAUUGGAUGGCAAUGAAGCAUACAAGACAUACGUGUUCAGGGUACUAAAGCAGGUUCAUCCAGGAAUGGCAAUUUCCUCCAAGGCAAUGUCAGUAAUCAACAGCUUGAUGAAUGACAUGUUCGAGAAGAUUGCAGAAGAGGCAACCAAACUCUCCAAGUACACCGAGAGAAAGACGCUGUCCUCAAGGGAAAUUCAAGGGGCAGUGAGAUUAGUUUUGCCAGGAGAGCUCGGAAAACAUGCUGUGGCAGAAGGCAGUAAAGCUGUCACUAACUAUGCUUCCUACAGCGAAAAACGGCCCAAAUUGGAUUAAUGUACGUUGUUUGUAAUGUAACUAAUAACAACAGGCUAAUUAGGUCUCUUAGGAUGCUACGAGAUUUUAGGUUUGAUGUUCCAUGUUGGCCCCCUUUGCAUUU